UGUAAAAUUAUAAAUGGAAACACAAAUUGUUGAUCCUGAGAAUAGAGAGGAGACUCACGAACAAAAUAGAGAGAAUUGGCCUAGCCAAUAUGAUGAUAGAAUUGAAGAACCUCCACAAGAUGAGCUAGAGGAAGGCCCAAGAGACAUAAAUGAAUCGCAAGUGCAACAUACCCAGAUGGACAUUAUGGAAACUGAAGACAGAGCGGCAGAAGGACUCCCUGCAGAUUUUAACCCAGAUAAUUUUAGUAAUGAGGAUGAAGCCACAGAACAAGCAGAAGUGCCGAUUCCUCAUUUCAGAUUUGAUUUUCAAAGAAUUUUGAUAGAUCCAUCCCCACUAUAUAGAGCCAGGUUCAAAAACAUAUCUGCAAAUAUGAGGAGGCUAAUUGAAAUUUACUCACUCUUGCUGAUUUUCCUCUCAGCAUUAUGAGUUCAAUGAUUAAUCACAAAAAUGUGGAAGUUCCAGUAUCCUCUCUUUAUCUUGAUUUUCUAUUAUUGCUACUGAGUGUUUCGUAAUGUUCAAUUCUAUCGAAGCUCAGAGGAUCCAAAUAGUAAUUUCUCUCAGACCCUUGAACUGCAGUAUGAUCAACAAGGCAACCCCUUUGCUUUAGAAAUUCUCAGUCUCAGACGGAAAAGGAUGGUCAUUAGAUGUAUUAUUGAGGAACUAUUACUCAUUUUUACAUGAGUUUUACUACUAAUGCAUACAUCUGAGAUUCCUAGGAUACCUUUUUAUAUUAUUUGCUUUCCAUUAUUAGCAACCAUCACUAUGAGACUUCUCUGUCAAGCAUGACCUAGAAGCCCCUGAGAAACAGUUAUGCAUCUAUGUAAUGUUUUCAUGUCAAGCACCAGGUUCUUGAUCGCAAUCUUUGUCUUAAUGAAGGAGGAUGAUAUUAUCAAGUGGCAGUGGAGCGGAAUCUUAUGGGCAUAUUGGGUCUCAUUUGCAAUUCUCUGCAUUUUAGCUCUCUUUGCAAUUAUCAUAUUUCUAAAUGCAAUUUUCACAUAUUUCCAAGAUGAGGUAGAUUACCCUGCAAUAAUAGGAGCAUUCUGGAUUCUUUUCUUCAUUGCAGGCUUGCCUGGAUCGACUUGAGUCGUAGUUAUGGGGUUGAAUAAAAUAUAUGAUAAUAAAUCAAUCUCAAACACAAGUUUUAACAUCUUUUUGCAUUUGUUCAUGCCUCCUCUUCUGUAUCUUCUUCUGUCAAUUCUUCUUACUCUGGUAUUUUGGAAGCACUUAAUUUCUUGGUGGGAUUAUUUCAUUUAUGGGCAGGAUCCAAAUAUUGCAAAUCAGGAGAAUGAGGCUAAUAAUGUUGACCAAGAGCGUCCAGUUGAGAUUCGAAGUUAUGACAUCACUGGUUUACUCUUCUUAACUAGGAUUUCUGACACUCUAUUCAAGAGGACUCGUAGAAAGUCAGCUAUUGACCAGGUCCCAACCAAAACAGAGAGUAUCAAUCAAAGGAGAUUUGCUUACUCUGCUAGGAAGAGUGCCAAGAACAGGAUUAACCCAAAAUUUCAAAGGACUAACAAGGAUAAAACUUUGCUUUGCAGUAAAGAUAAGAGCAAGAGACUCCAAAGAGUAGUAUCAAAAGCAGCAAGUGUGGGAGAGUCUAAAGAUUUUAUGAAUUUGGUAAAAAAUUCGAAGGUUAAGAAAAUGUCGACUCAAAUCAACAAAAGAGAAAUCACAGAUCUUGAAGAAGCAAAGGAUGAAAAAGACCUCAAAACAUCUGAAGAUCUUUCAAAACUCUCUUCCUCAAGAAAAGAAUUUUAUAGAAAGCUCAAAAUGGAUGAAAUAAUGAAGCGGAUGAAAAAUCGGAACAAAGAGAUUCUUGAUAACACGUUUGGCUAUAAAGAAGACUCUUCUCAAGAGGCGAAGUCUCCUUCUCCUCCUCGUUAUCUGAAAUCUCUUCAAAAUGAUAGGAAGAAUUCAGAAACAAGUUUUUCAAAUUUAAGGCAAAAUUUUAUUAGCAUAUACGAUUCUGCUUACCGCAGUGAGGAAGAGAAGGCAUCAGAGCCUUAUCUGAGCAAGCAAAAUAGCAAAAUAGACAAUACAAGUUUUGACAAAAAGUGCCUAAUCUGUUACGAGAAAACACCAGAUUCAGUCAUAAUGGAAUGCGGCCAUGGAGGCAUCUGAUACGACUGAUGCUGCCAGAUGCUCAUGGGCUCAGCCAACGACAACAAGUGACAUUUUUGAAGAGAAGAGAUCUUGUGUAUCUUCAAAUUAGACACCAAUGUCAAUGAUAAUAAAUUCAGAGUUAUUUCGGUUGCAGUCACUGAUGAAGCUGAUCUUCAUAAAUGUCUUCUUCUUAUCGAAUCUGACCCCAAGACUCCCAAAUUGGGUUCUGCUUCUUCCAAAUCUCAAAAGGAACAGUUGGAUUCUUCACAUAGAAGUAUUGCAAAGUCUCAAACAUCUGGAUCACAAUUCAAAAUGUCGCCUGAAAUGAGGAAGAUUCCUGAAAACCCAGCUUUCCGAGCUCGAGCAAGAAUGGUGUCUUCUGCCGAUGACAAUGCAGAAGGAACUGAUGAUGGAAAGAUCAUCACAAGAAAUAUCUCAGAUAGAGGUCUAUUCUUAUCAAGCCAGAGAGUAGAUCAUACAGAAAGCUAUAGAGGAGAAGAUAAUAGGAGUGAGAGUGUUAGAAGGUUUACUAUUUCGCAAAGAGGUCAGACUCUUGACCCUAAUGAUUGUGGUAAGGAAGGAAUAGAGGGGUAUCAGAAGUCUAAGCGAUUUCCAGAAAGCGAGUAUACUUUGGAUAAUAGGUUUGGUAUGAAAGCUCAAACUUUUGUUGAGCAUCCUGAGAAUGACCCUGAGCUAAUCAAGAAAUCACAAUUUGUACCUACAGAAGAGAGGAGGGAGAAGGAUGAUUCUUAUGUUCAUUGACAUACUUUAAAAAUACCCAAAGGUCAGUUAGAUGAAGAAGAGUCUAUGCAUCUUAGUGAGUAAAAGAGUUAAAAUUCAAUAUUAAAAUUUCAU